AGGAGGGGAGGCGGAGAAAGAGUAAGAUACCAGCAACACAGGCAGAUAGCGAUGAACACUGGAAGAACAGAGGCUUUGGUGUAAAGAGUAUGAGCAUCUCUCACAGAGCAGGUCUGCUGGGAGUCUUAAUCUGAGAGGAAGCUUUGGAUGCCGUCCACCCAUCAUCACCAGCCUGAGAUUGAAUCGAACCGAACAGGCGGCAGCACUCAGACGGCUCUGGGUUUGAGACACAAUUCCUUGGCUUAGAGAGGAGAAGAGGUGAAUCGCUGGCUGUAAGUGGCUCCGUCCACUUACCUGAAAACCUUCUAGCUCAUAUUUGAAGACAGCAAAUCUCUCCAGUGUAUUAUUAAAUCUUCACUUUAAAGACUUCAGAUUUCAGAAAUGGCUGACUUUGAGGAUUUCAGCAGACCAGGAGGGCAGGCCAAUGUAUCUGAGAGCUACCAGCUGAACCCGACCAGCGUGAUCGUGUCCGUGGUCUUCUCCCUCAUCUUCCUGCUGGGCACCAUCGGCAACAGCCUGGUGCUCGCCGUGCUUCUGCGGAGCGGCCAGGUGGGAUACAACACGACCAAUCUGUUCAUACUCAACCUGAGCGUGGCCGACUUCUUCUUCAUCAUCUUCUGCGUCCCUUUCCAAGCCACCAUCUACUCUCUGGAGGGCUGGGUGUUUGGCUCCUUCAUGUGCAAAGUGGUCCACUUCCUCAUCAACCUCACCAUGUAUGCCAGCAGCUUCACACUGGCUGCCGUCUCUGUUGACAGGUAUCUGGCCAUUCGUUACCCGCUGCGCUCCAGAGAGUUACGGACCCCGUGUAAUGCAGUGGUUGCCAUGGUGAUCAUCUGGGGUCUUUCUCUGGUCUUUGCGGGUCCUUAUCUCAGCUACUACGACCUGAUCGAUUACGCCAACAGCACUGUGUGCAUCCCCGGCUGGGAGGAGCAGAACCGGAAGGUGCUGGACACGUGCACCUUCAUGUUCGGCUACGUCAUCCCCGUGCUGAUCGUGAGCCUCUCGUACACUCGAACCAUCAAGUACCUGUGGACGGCCGUCGACCCGUUGGACGGCAUGUCAGAAUCCAAGAGGGCCAAACGCAAAGUCACCAAAAUGAUCAUCAUCGUCACCGUGCUGUUCUGCAUCUGCUGGCUGCCGUACCACGUGGUGAUCUUGUGCUACCUGUACGGAGACUUCCCGUUCAAUCAGACCACGUACGCCUUCAGGCUGCUCUCUCACUGCAUGGCCUACGCCAACUCUUGCGUCAACCCCAUCGUCUACGCUCUGGUGUCCAAGCACUUCCGCAAAGGCUUCAAGAAAGUGUUCAGCUGCAUCCUCAGUAAAAAUGGGAGAAAUAAGGUCCACGUGGUCCAUGUAGCCAACACUGUGCCCGGGUUUGAAGCAGGCUCCACGGAGGUGUCGCAUAUGAUCGAGGAGAACAUACGACAGAAUGAAUGUGAGAUGAUUAACAGGCCGAUCGGAGAGCCAAGAGAAGCCACAGUGACUCUGAAUUUGCCUUUUCAGCGGCAGACUUGACAAGUGAUUCAGCCUCGAUGACGGGCUCAUUACGGACUGCCUUAUGUGAAAGACAUGCAGCUAAUAUUUUAAAGAAAUGUGUUAACAUGUGUCAACAUGACAUUCACAGUGUUGGUGGCAAACAGGAGAGAAGAUGGAAGGAGUGUUAAGGUGUAAACAGUGAAUCCACAACGAAAAUUGUGUUUGUUUCAUCAUUUUCAUUAAAUAGUAACUCCCAUAAUGUUCCACUAACAGAUACACUCAGUCAGAAAGGUUUGCUAGUAUUUACUAAAAGUGAAAAGUUCUCAGUAUUUCCUGUUUCCACCAAUUGCCUUAACCAUGGCCUGCACUUUAGUAUUUAUAUAGGAUCAGUGUGUAGGAUUUAGUGGCAUCUAGUGGUGAGGUUGCAGAUUGCAACCAAUUACCUCCGCUAAUUCUGGAUUCAGCUUUUAUUCAUUUUACAACUUUAGGACAUAACAAUUUAAAUGAGGGCUAUUUAAGUGUUCGUACUGGGAAGUUGAUUUAUCUAAAAAAAAAAAAUCCUCUGAUUUACAGACAACUUUUUAUACAUCCAUUGGCCACAGACUCAUUGGCGUUUUCAGUCCAAAAUGGCAGCAGCGCUACCACUGCGCCAUCUAGCGAAGUUUCAUCUCUUUGCUUCUAUACGCUUUGGUAGAUAUGAAGGGCUCAUUCUAAAGGCCUCUACACACCGGGGACACUUUUUUUAAUAUAUUUUUUCAAACUGUUGUUUUAGUCAUGAGUACUCUCACACAGAACGCAAAUAUUAUGCAGAAAAAAAAGUGACACUUUUUUUUUUCCGGAGAGCCAAGAGAAGCCACAGUGACUCUGAAUUUACCCUUUCAGCGGCAGACUUGACAAGUGACUCAGCCUUGAUGACGGGCUCAGUACGGACUGCCUUAUGUGAAAGACAUUGCAGCUAAUAUUUUAAAGAAAUGUGUUAACAUGUGUCAACAUGACAUUCACAGUGUUGAUGAUAAAAAGGAGAGAAGAUAAAAGGAGCGUUAAGGUGUAAACAGUGAGUCCACAACGAAAAUUGUGUUUAUUUCAUCAUUUUCAUUAAACAGUAAGUGACCCAAGUGAAGGAGUUCAAGUACCUCGGGGUCUUGUUCACGAGUGAAGGGACUGUGGAGCGUGAGAUUGGUCGGAGAAUUGGAGCA